AUGAUGCGCCGAAAGAGGGGUGGUUUAAAAUCUUCGCGGAAGAUGGCAAAGAAGACAGUACCGGCGGCAUUGCAAAUUGAAAUUUCCAACGAUGAGGAUUGGGAAAAGCUUCUAAAGAAAACUGGUUUAAUAGUGGUCGAUGUCUACUCGGAAUGGAGUGGACCGUGCACAGGAAUGGUGAGCACGCUGAAGAAGAUCAAAAUGGAAAUCGGAGGAGAUGCGUUAAGUUACGCUACGGCGAAAUGCGAUUACAUAACGGACUUAGAACGCUUCCAAGGGAAAAGCGAACCGAUCUGGAUGUUCAUUCACAAUGGUCGAAUGAUAAACCUCAUGUUCGGCGCACAGUGUCCACAAUUGUUAAAAAUGUUAACAACUGAAUUGCAACGAGUACAGAAUGGCGAGGAACAUGAAUUUUCAAUAGAUGUAUCUGAAAGAAGCCCAGAGGAAGUAAAACGAUUAAAAAUAAUCGAAGAAACUAGAAUAGCCAAAGAAGCGGCGAAAAAGGCUCGAAAAGAGGCUGAGGCAGUGGCGCGAUACGAAACGGAAAUGCUUCACUUCACUACUUCGUUAAACAACGAAACCUGUCUCUUGCUUUAUCCCUGGAUUUUCAAAGACGAGGAGAGCCACAGAAGGGACAAAAAGUCGAGUCCACCGUACGUAGAAUUAAUUGAAGAGAUAUUACCAGGGAAUUACACUGUUGAGCAGGAAAUACGAAAGCGACUUAACGAGGAUAUUCUUGACAAACUCUUCGACGAGUCUGACUAUGUAUUGCCGAAGAAUUGUAAGGAGUUACUCUUGGAUGGCAAAUGUAUGUUUAUGAGAUUGAAAAUUACAGAGGAAAAAUUGGAUGUUGAUAUUCAUACGCAUUUACUGAAUCUCUUAUACGGAGAACCAGAACUACCAAAUCCGGAAAAAGUUUUUACAGACGAAUGUUACGCGGGUCGCCAUCGACCUGCCUUCAUGACAACAGAGAACGAAACUGACGUUUUUCCUCUUGUAUGGACACCACCAAAUUGUAGAAAUAAGGCAAUUGUUUAUCGUACGAUUUUUGCCACGUACACUAACAAGACAUAUCCUUACGAAGAUAAAGCUGCAAAGGUACCUACAGUAGUAUUCAAAUAUGAUUAUACACGGAAAAAUGAGUUGAAAAUUGUUUUGGAAGAAUUUGAAGAUGAAGUAGCCAAUUUUGGUAUCUUUGAAUCCGAUAAACCACCGGAGGCAAAGAUCAUAGCUAAAAGUAUCGAUGAGUUUGAAAAAAAUAUAAGAGAAAGAACGGGAUAUGAAACAUUCGUAUGUGUAGUAAAAAAAGUAGGAUGCGAAGCGUUUCUAGGAUUUGCUGGUAUUGGACCUUACCAUGUAAGUGAAAAUCCAGAGAAAGGUUUAGAGGAAUCGAAAUUAUAUUUUCCGGAUAAUACCACUUUAGAAGACACGCAAUCAGAUGAUGAUGAAAAACCAGAAGAAUUAAUAGAAAAUCCUGAGGAAAGCAAUAAUGCAGAAACAUAAACUAUGAACACUUAUUAUUCGUGGCUAAAUUUGUUUUCUAUCCAUAUUAAGUUGUUUAGAAAUAAGUGUCU